GGAGGCGGGGCUAUGACAUCAGCUGGCUGUGCCUAAAAGCAGCCCUCUGAGCCAGACCCAGCAGAGAUCAGCCAGUGCUUCCCUGCAUGCAGACUGCACAAGUUGCUGAAGUCUCCAGAGGAAACAGGCAGCCUUCAGACAUGACGGCUGAGGGGGAUAAACUUUGGGGGGGAAGAUUUGUAGGAGGCCUGGAUCCCAUCAUGGAGAGGCUCAACUCUUCCAUUGAUUAUGACCAGAGAUUGUCAGAAGUUGACAUCCAAGGGAGCAUGGCUUAUGCCAAGGCCUUGGAAAAGACUGGAAUUCUAACCAAACCUGAGGUGGAGAAGAUCCUGAAUGGACUGGAAAAGAUCUCUGAGGAAUGGUCCAAAGGACUCUUUGUGCUGAACCCAAAUGAUGAGGAUAUCCACACUGCCAACGAGCGCAGACUGAAGGAGCUGAUUGGAGAGGUGGCUGGAAAACUCCACACUGGACGAAGCAGAAAUGAUCAGGUUGUGACUGACUUGAGAAUGUUCAUGAGGAAUUUCUACUCUGUGCUGUCUGCUCACCUGCUGCAGCUCAUUAGGGCUCUGGUGGAGCGAGCUGCCGUAGAAACCGAUGUCAUCUUCCCUGGCUAUACCCACAUGCAAAGAGCUCAGCCAAUCAGAUGGAGCCACUUCUUGCUCAGUCAUGCUGUUGCUCUGCUCCGGGAUUCUGAACGUCUGAGAGAAAUCAAGAAAAGGAUCAACAUUCUGCCUUUGGGAAGUGGUGCUGUGGCCGGCAACCCACUCAGUAUUGAUAGAGAGUUCCUGCGUAAGGAACUUGAUUUUGCCCAAAUCAGCCUGAACAGCAUGGAUGCUGUCAGUGAACGUGACUUUGUGGUGGAGUUCCUCUUCUUUGCCUCCCUUGUGAUGACUCACCUGAGCAAGAUGGCUGAAGAUCUCAUCCUCUACAGUACAAAGGAGUUUGGCUUUGUGACCCUGUCUGAUGCCUACAGCACCGGCAGUAGCCUGAUGCCUCAGAAGAAGAACCCUGAUAGCCUGGAGAUAAUCCGCAGCAAGGCUGGACGUGUGUUUGGAAGGUGCACAAGCAUUCUUAUGAUCCUCAAAGGACUUCCAAACACCUACAACAAGGACCUCCAGGAAGACAAGGAGGCAGUCUUUGAUGUUCUGGAUACUCUGAACGCUGUGCUUCAGGUGGCAACUGGAGUAAUUUCUACUCUCCAGAUCCACAAAGAGAACAUGGAGAAAGCCUUGAGCCCUGACAUGCUGGCUACUGAUCUUGCUUACUACUUGGUUCGUAAAGGGAUGCCGUUCAGACAGGCUCACAUGACAUCGGGAAAGGUCGUCCACUUGGCUGAGAGUAAGGCCAUCUCCCUCAGUCUUCUCACUCUUGAGGACAUGAAGAGCAUUAGCCCCCUGUUUGCAAGCGACGUGUCCCAGGUGUGGGACUAUGUCAACAGCGUGGAGCAGUACACUGCCCCUGGUGGCACUGCCAAGAGCAGCGUGAAUGCACAGAUCGAGAAGCUGAGGGAGAUGAUGGAGGCCCAAAAGGAACCGUUCUGAAUGUCUGGAAAUUAUGCUGUGUAGGCUUUGUGCUUGUUGCAUUCAUUCUAAAUUAAUAAACAGUGAUGCUUUGCAAAUUCACCAAAA